UCGUGCCGGAGAAGCGGGACCCUCAGAACUACAUUUCCCAUACUGCGCUGAGCAGCAGGCGACUGUACGUGGCCUUGCUGAGAGUCGCAAACAGAAUCAACAUGGAGCUGGAAGCAAUGACUCGGUACACCAGCCCGGUGAACCCGGCUGUCUUCCCUCAUCUCACUGUGGUGCUGCUUGCCAUUGGCAUGUUCUUCACCGCCUGGUUCUUUGUCUAUGAGGUGACCUCCACCAAGUACACGCGUGAUGUCUACAAGGAGCUGCUCAUCUCGCUGGUCGCCUCUGUCUUCAUGGGCUUCGGGGUGCUCUUCCUGCUGCUGUGGGUCGGCAUCUACGUCUGAGGCAUGCUGGAGUACUCUGAGAGAAGAGGCAGGGCUACACACAGCAGCAGCAUUCCGGGCGCGUGGAUUUCAACAUUGCCACGGCAAUGCAGGCAUUUCUUAUUGCAACUGUUUUUCACAGAUUCUGUACAAACUGCACUGACCUGGGGAGGGGGAGGGGGAGCCACCCACCAAAUAAACACAAGAUUGUUCUAAGGAAA